AUGGCCGUGGCGUUCCCGCCGCACAUCAUGGCGCUGAGCAAGGUGCAGCGGCUCUACGACGCCUGCGACGUCGUCUUCUCCUCGCCGGCGGCGGCGCCCACGCUCGGGGAGAUCAGAUGGCUGCAGAACAUCCUUGAUGGCAUGGAGGCAGCCGACGUCGGGAUCGACGACGGGGAGAAGCCGACGUCGUCCUCGUCCUCCUCCGACGACGAGCUGAGCCCCAAGAGCGGCCGCUGCCUCCUGCCGGCGCCGGCGUUCACGAGGAUCACCUACGUGCACAUACACCAGUGCGACGAUUUCUCGAUCGGCGUCUUCUGCUUCCCGGCCGGCGCGACGCUGCCGCUGCACGACCACCCGGAGAUGGUGGUGCUCAGCAAGUUGCUGUACGGCUCCGUGCGCGUGCGCUCCUACGACUGGGUCGCCGCGCCUUCGCCGUCGCCGUCGAGGAGGAAAUGUGGCCUGGCCAGGGUGGUGGCCGCGGACGUGGUGCGCCGCACGCCCUGCCAGGCGUCCGUGCUCUUCCCGCGCAGCGGCGGCAACCUGCACGCCUUCACCGCCGUCACGCCCUGCGCCAUCCUCGACGUCCUCACGCCGCCAUACUCGGAGGACCACGGACGCCCCUCGACUUACUUCACCGACGUCCCUGUCCCGUCUCUCCCGGGUUUCGCUGUCUUGGAAGAGACGGACCUGCCCGAGGGUUUCACCGUCGCCGGGGCGCCAUAUCUUGGCCCUGAGCUCACGGUCGACAUGGAUGACGAUGACGACGACGACUACGACAGCUACGACGACGAGUAG